AUGAGCGCGUCGGCGAUGGCGGCAGGUCAGCCGCAGUUCCGCUACUCGCAACCGCCAUCCAAGGUGCUGCACGUGCGCAACCUGCCGUGGGAGGCGACGGAGGAGGAGUUAUCAGAGCUCUGCAAGCCCUUCGGCCGCGUCGUCAACACCAAGACCAGCGUCGGCGCCAACCGUAACCAGGCGUUUGUCGAGUUUGCGGAUUUGAACCAGGCGAUCGCCAUGGUGUCUUACUAUGCAUCGUCAUCCGAGCCAGCACAGGUCCGCGGGAAGGCGGUGUACCUGCAGUACUCGACGCGGCAGGAGAUCACCACGUCCAACAAGACUGGCGAUUCCACCUCCGGGAAUGUCCUGCUUGUGACUAUAGAGGGGGUUGAGGCUGGCGACGUGACUAUAGACGUGCUUCACCUGGCAUUGGUGCAGUACGGAGACCCAGAGACUGCCAACAGUGCCAAGACUUCAUUGGACGGCAGGAGCAUUCCUAGCUACCUGCUCCGAGAGCACGUGCAGACAUGCAGUCUGCGCAUCUCCUUCUCGGCCCACACGGACCUCAACGUCAACUACCUGCUCCCGGAGCACGUGCAGGCAUGCAGCCUGCGCAUCUCCUUCUCAGCCCACACGGACCUCAACGUCAAGUUCCAGAGCCACCGCAGCCGCGACUACACCAACCCCUACCUCCCCGUCUCCUCCUCCGCUACUGAUGCCGGCGUGCAGGUGCGCCCUAGAAGAAAGAGAAAAGAGAAAUAA